CACUAACCUACGUGAGAGUAGGAGGCAACUACAGAUGUAUAGCGACAGUUAGUUCAUCAGUUCUUUCCUGAGAACAUUUUACUAUUCAGUUUAACUCUGCAUCUGAUGGAAAAGUUGGCAUAGAGACAGAGAGAGAGAGAGAGAGAGAAGAGAGAGAUACGUUCAGUUAACGCACUGUGACUGCAUUCUUAAACCGUUUCAUCUAGUUUGGGUAAAAAGUCAGAACCAAAGCUAUGAUACAGAUAAAGUAAGUACAAUUUUUAAAUUCAAUUAAAAAGUGCCGGAUUAAUGAAACAAAUGCGCUGAAGUUAUGGCUGCGCUAAGGCGUAAAUUUGGAGAAGACUAUCAAGUGGUGAACACGAACAGAGGCGCGACUUUCUCCAGCGCGCCGGUGAAGAAGAAACGCCAGCGCUUUGUGGAGAAGAACGGACGCUGCAACGUCCAGCACGGGAAUCUCGGCGGAGAGACCAGUCGUUAUUUAUCGGACCUGUUUACCACGCUGGUGGACUUGAAGUGGCGCUGGAACCUUCUCAUUUUUAUCCUCACAUACACCAUCGCCUGGCUUGUUAUGGCCUCAAUGUGGUGGAUCAUUGCAUAUAUAAGAGGGGACAUAAAUCAUGACCACGACGCUUCCUACACUCCUUGUGUCGCCAAUGUUUACAACUUCCCAUCAGCUUUCCUCUUUUUCAUUGAAACCGAGGCGACCAUUGGUUAUGGGUACCGCUAUAUAACUGAGAAGUGCCCUGAGGGCAUUAUUCUGUUCCUGUUCCAGUCUCUGCUGGGUUCUAUAGUGGACGCGUUCCUCAUCGGCUGUAUGUUCAUUAAGAUGUCGCAGCCGAAGAAGCGCGCAGAGACGCUAAUGUUCAGUCAGGACGCGGUGAUCUCACAGCGCGACGGAAAACUCUGCUUAAUGUUCCGCGUGGGCAAUCUGAGGAACAGCCAUAUGGUGUCCGCGCAAAUUAGGUGUAAACUCAUAAAGUCUCGUCAAACCCCGGAGGGCGAGUUCCUGCCUUUGGACCAGUGUGAACUGGACGUGGGGUUUGGAACGGGUGCUGACCAACUCUUCCUGGUCUCUCCUCUUACCAUCUGCCACGAGAUCAAUCCCAAGAGCCCUUUCUUCGACCUGUCCCAGCGCUCUCUCAUGAAUGAGCAGUUUGAGAUUGUCGUCAUCUUGGAGGGCAUUGUGGAGACAACAGGUAUGACAUGUCAGGCUCGUACCUCGUAUACAGAAGAUGAAGUAUUGUGGGGUCACCGUUUUCUGCCUGUCAUGUCUCUGGAAGAGGGCUUUUUUCGGGUGGACUAUUCACAGUUCCACAGCAACUUUGAGGUGCCCACGCCACCCUACAGCGUGAAAGAAUAUGAGGAGAAAUCUUCACUGUCCUCAUCCCUUCUCACUCCAUACCGUGAGCGAAUGUACUCUGUGGACUGCCUGGUAGCAGGUGACGAAGUGGCUGGUCCAGGAAGUGGUAGCACUUCUUGCAAACUGCCAAAUAAACGCCAGAAAAUGAGCUCAUCUGGCAGGGAGGAUCUGCAGAGGAAGGUGUUGCGUCUGAGCUCACAGCAAUCGGAAAAAGCUUCAAGCACAGGGGACCUUCCUCUUAAACUGCAGCGUCUUGGAUCCUGUCCUGGCCAGAGUGAUGGGGAGGCACGUUUCCACCUCAAAUCCCUAAAGGUGGAAUUCCAGACCAUGGCCAUGUCCACUGGAGACCUCCACCAUAGGAGUCUGCCCCCCACCCCUGCACCUAUCCCCACACAUGCCCCUCCACACACAAAUAUGUCCUCCAGUAGUGGCCGGCCAGAGGAUAACCUGCCUGCCAAAUUACGGAGGAUGAAUGCAGAUCGCUAACAUGAAAGUGCAUUUGGAACUUUCUCCUAAUCUGAGACCAGUUUUUUAGUUACUAUACAAUGGUCAAUAUGGGCAUGGACAACUGCUCCGAGGUAAGGAGCAAACAAUGUUUUGUAAGGAACUGAAUGAGGGCUCUUGGUAAGAAGCUUUCCUGACUGCACUUAAUAGAAAUAGUAAGAGUUAAAUAACUAUUAGAAAGCAUGAGAGAUUGAAUUUUAGUUUUUGUCUGUUUUUGUUUCUUCGAAAAAGCACAAAACUCCAACUGAUAGUAUUGUGAUUUUUUUCUUUAGCUGUUUACUGGUGACUAAGGUCAUCCAGUGUGUCUUAUUCACACACUUAGAAAUGUCACAAAUUCACUCUACGAUUACAAUAUGUGCAUGCCUACUUCUCUAGUGUAUACACAACAAUCUUUUAAUCAUAGUUAAAAUAAUUAAAUUGUA